UUGAAUAAUCUUGAUUCAUGUGAUCUUGAAGAUGAUGAUCUCAUGCUUGAUGUGGAUCUGCCUGAGGACCCACCUCAUGACAAAGAGGAAUGUGAAAAUAUGAGCCGUUAUGAUAGACAAGACAGAAAUGCUAGGCAACAUCAGGAAGGAUUCUGGAAAAGAGCACCACAACAGCGAUGGAAUACACAGGACCACUAUCAUCUUGGCCAUACUGAUCACUAUAUCCAUGGUAAAAAUGAUUUGAACAGGGGAUUAAACUACCUAGAAUCUCCUGUUAGUCACUUUGAAGGCUAUGGAGCACCAAAUUUUUACCAGGCUCCUCCUAGACAGCUGGUGGGCUUACCUGACAGUACUGUGAUGCUUGAUGAAAUGACCCUUCGGCACAUGGUCCAAGACUGUACAGCUGUAAAAACUCAGUUAUUGAAACUGAAGAGAUUACUGCACCAGAAUGAUGACAAUGGGUCACUCCAGGACAUCCCAGUCUCAGUUCCAUCAAGUCCAGAACUGCAAGAACCUGAGUCAACCGUUAAGAUGGAUGAUCUGCUGAAUGAGAUAAGGCAGCUUAAAGAUGAACUGAAGAAAAAGGAUGAAACAAUCAAUCAAUUAGAGCAUCAACUUGCCACUAGAUGUAACUGCCAGAAAGACAGUCAAAAACCUACAGGGGCAACAUGCACGUAUGCUGAUAAAUUUACGCAAACCUCCUGGAGGAGGAGUUCUGGUGGGUAUUCUGCUCCCUCCUUCUCUCCCUGGCAGGGCUCAUUCCAGGGCAUCCCUCGGACUGUUCCACCGCACCGCAGACAGACCUCAAGUACUACAGCCUUCCAGCAGCCUUCCCAGUUCCACAGACCUCCUCGCCCAGGGAAAACUAAUAAAAACACCACAUAUCGAGGCCCACAGUGAAUAUCCUAAACAUGGUCUGCAUGAAAAUAGCAAUCAUCAGAAUCAAAAUGCUGCAACUGUCUCUCUCACAAAUAGCCUGAAUGAUGUAAACUCUUUAAUGAGCAUACAGUUAAACAUAAAAGAUGAGAAUACAUCAUAUUUGGAAAAUGUGAAAAAUAAAAAUCUUGAAGACCCUGGAGAG